GACGGAGUGUGUUUAUCAAUCAACGUGUUUACAAUACAAAUAAAGCUAUGGUUUUGAUAUCUGAUGCUUUUGCCAUGCAUGUGUCCUCCAAUUGCAUAUUGGUUGGGCAUGGAGAUCAAGCGGUUUUAUACAGUUCAAAUGCCAAAGUCGAGAUGCCGGUUCGGUUGCGUGAAGGAAAAGUUCGUGGAUUUGAGUGGAGUUCUUUGAAUCAAUCGCAAAGAUUACUAUUGCUUUAUAGCGAAAAUGAAUACUCGCUCAUUAUAUGUACCUCCAUUUGUGAUAAGGACCAGUUUCAAUUGAUUUACGAGGGCGAAACCAAAGACUGGAUUAAUGCUGCUAUGUUUUUCGAGGAGAAUGCAACAGAUAAGACACGAUUUGUCCUGCACACCUCGCAUAGUGCACUCCUUUAUUUGGAAUUUAAUAUUACAUCCAGUGAAGACUGCAAAGUUUUGGAAUUAGCCAGAUGUACGGACAGCUCCAUUCUCUACUACACGCGAUUGCAUGGCAAUUGCUAUAAUAAACUGGCAAUAAUAAGUGGAAAUGCCUUUGGUGAAUUGCUGCUAUGGCAAACUCAAUUUCCCAUUGAAUCCGAAUGUAACAGCAUUAUGAAAACAUAUCCAUUGCUUUUGCGUCUACAAGCACACAAUGGAGUGAUUCACAGCAUUGAUUUUGAUUUGGAAUCGCAACUAUUAGUAACAACAUCUGACGAUCGUUCGGUUAAGUUUUGGAAUAUUAAAAAAUCAGCCGACUGGACAACCGCCGAGCUUAAGCCAAUGUAUAGUUGUUUUGGACAUGGAUCACGUGUAAUGUGCGUUAUAAUCUUUAAAGUUGGUGAACAAACAUUUGUGGCUACUGGCGGUGAGGAUUCCUACGUCUGCAUUUGGAGUACUGCUGGCGAAUUGCUGUUAAAACGCCGUCAGCAUUUUGGGGCACCAAUUUGGCGGCUGGGAUUCAGCGAGGAUGCACAUACACUUUACAGCACCAGCUCUACGGGUAACUUGGUCGGUCAGAACCUUAAGGAAAUCUUCAACCGAGAUAGGAAUCGCCCCACUAUGCUGAGCAGUGUAGGUGAUGCAAAUGAGUUUCCGAGGAAUAUUAAGUUCCUAAAUGACGACACAAUUGUUGGCUUAAGUAGCUCGAAUCGAUUAUAUUACACUCGAAUAUUGCCAGAUUCUCCUAAUGACAACAAUUGGCUUUUGGUAAAUGAUUUUCCAUCAUACAAACGGACAGUUUUAGAGGUCUUCGAUGGCCUUAUAGCUACUUGUGGUCAUCGACGAAUAACAAUUCACAGGUAUAAUGCACUCACAAAUAAGUUCGAAAACCUUUUUGAUGGCAUUAGGAUGAAGGGCACGAUUCGGUCUUUUCAAUUUUUAAGCAGAGACCAAUAUCUUGUAUCCGAUAACCUGGGUUACUGUCUGUUAUUGAAAACACACGAGCUUUGCAUAGACUCUCAUAUUGCUCUUUUCAAUGAUCGCGAGCCUUGGAUAACAGCUGCCUUGCUCGUUUCCGAGCAUUAUCUUUUGUUGGGCAAUCGUAAGGGGCAUGUCAUGCUAUACCACCGCAGUUUAGGAAACGACUUUGUGUUAAAAGAUACAAUUAAAUUUUUGCAUGGUAAAAUGGGUGCCAAUUUUUUUAAAUUAAUGAAUGUCAAUAAGGACUAUGCCAAUGUUAUGAGUGGUGGCCACGAAGCUUUUCUAAAAUAUCUACACAUAGGAUUUACGGACUGCACUUUGACUGUUAGACAACGCGAAAGUGUUCCAUUAGCUUGGGUGGAAGCAGCUCCUUCCGAGGACUUGGUUUUAGGCUUUAAUGACAAUCACAUUGUGGCCUGGUCACGCCAACACGAUGUCCUCUUGCAGGUGGAGUGCGGCGGGGGCAAUCGAUGCUGGGACUACCGGCUGGGUAGUAAUUUACUUUCCAUAGCUUAUGUGAAGCAGAAGCGUGUCUUAUUCCAUAGCAGUCCACUCUACAGUGCAGUCGCCGUCAGUCGCAUUAAAGACAUACAAAAUAAUACCUGGCACACACGAAAUUGCAAUACAAUUCGACUUCUGACGCCCAAAAGUCAGGCGGAUCCUUUUAUUCUCUCCGCUGGCGAUGAUAAUAUUAUAAAAGUCACGAAAAUAAUCAAUGAUUCACUAUUCCAAUGUGCUGAAUUGCACUCUCAUAUCUCAACAGUUCGCUGUCUUCAGGCCCAUCUUUGUAAAUCGGAAAACGACUCAAGUUCAUGGCUGAUUUUCUCGGUAGGAGGUCGAUCCCAACUCUGUAUUAGCCAACUGAACAUAGACAUAUCGAAUAAGUGCUACAUUACUGAACUGUGCACACAUACACUGCAGAAUUUAACCCCGUCUAAAACCAGCACUAUUGAAGCGCGACUUAUGGCAAUCGAUAUCGCCCCGCAUUCUACUGAGGGAUAUUUCUCAAUAUAUGUAGCAGGAGCUGAUGGGAAAAUCAGUCAUUAUAUCUGGAACUGCAAAAAUCCAUCCCAUCUUGAUUUCAAAACUUUUGUAGAUAUAAAAAGAUGCCCACUGACGGUGCAGUGGAUUGGCAACAAAGGAUUAUUACUAAUCACAACAACGAAUGGAGAAAUCUACGGUUUUGAUCAAACGUUACAAACAAUUUGUGUUCAACUACAACUCCAUGUGACGGGAGUAAAUACGAUAGAUAUAUACGUCGAAAGGCACAUAUUGCACAUAUUGUCAGGCGGGGAUGAUGAAAAUAUAAAGUACACAGUACUUAAUUUGGACAGCAAAAGAGUGGAAUAUAAAACUGAAUUUUUGGGCCUGCACAAUGCCCAAGUAAAUGCUUUAUCAAUACAUUGUCGCACCAAGGAGACCAACGAGGAAUCUGAAAUGUUUGCUUACACUUGCAGCAUAGAUAGACAGAUCUAUAGAAUAAACCUUAAAACCCGUCAAUAUAGCCGAGUUGGAUAUACCUGCAUAGCUGAUGUCAAAGGAAUGCUUAUAGACGAAUGUCAGCGGAUGUAUUUUUACGGAUGCGGAUUACAAACUAUCUGUAGACAAUAACUUUAAGAGACUAGAGUAUGUUAAUUAUUUGUUGUGUUUUAAUUACUGUCGCAUAGUGAUAUGAAACAGUGGGUAAAACGUAAAGAGAAAACCUGAAUUGCCUUACCUGUCAUUUUAUAUGUGAAACUUGAAAAGGUUGUGCCGUUGUUUUUAAAAAAAAAUAAAUAAAUGA